AAAUGUUAUAAGCAGCAAUAAAUGAACUCUACAUCAAUUUUAAGAGAAAAAAAGAAAAAAGAAACAUGGUAUAACUUUGAAUAAUUUCUUCAAAGUUAGAAGGAAGGAUGAGAGAAUGACUAGAGAAAGAAACGAAUCAUUUAUGUGUUGCCGAACACACCCAGAAUUACUUCUCAAUAUAAUUAGCACCAAAAUUUACAUCCCCGUUAGCUAAAGAUAUCCGCUUUCUUUAUUUCCAUUGAUUAUAUUAUUCUAUCAUUUUUCAAUAAGCUCCGAAGUUUAUCUUCAUGCAUAAAGGAUACUAGAUUUCCUUGUGUGGAAUUGUUAAUACGCUAGCUCACCGAACCUGUUUCGCCUCCUUCCUUCCAUUUCCUUUCAUUUCUUCCAUUACAAAGAAGAAGACAUGGCCGAGGUGGGAGGAGUUCUUCUCUCUGCUGUCUUGCAGGCGUUAUUUGAAAAAGUGACUCGCGAGGUGCUUGACUUCUCCCAGGGACGAAAACUCGCCGAUGGGACCUUAAGAAAGCUGAAGAUAGCAUUGCUGUCUGUGAACGCGGUGGCCGAGGACGCAGAGGAGAAGGAACUCACGAAGCCUGCUGUGAAAGUGUGGCUUGAUGAGCUGAAAUGUGCUGUUUUUGAUGCAGAAGACAUCUUGAAUGAGAUUGAUACAGAAAUCCAGAUACGCAAGUUGGGUGCUGACGAGUUUCAGUCAACUCCAAGGAAGGUACGAUACAUUGUCUCUACUUUUCUUAAUUCUUUUUUCAAGCAGAUACAACGGAAGGUGGAAAGGGUACUUGACCGAUUAGAAUAUCUAGAAAAACAAAAGAAAUAUUUAUUAGGUGAUGAAAGAGAAGGUCGUGGAGGGAAAUCUGUAGAAAGAUUUCCCAGGACUUCUUUGGUUGAAGAAUCUUGUAUUUUCGGUAGGGAUUAUGAUAAGGAGGCAGUAAUUAACUUGUUGCUCUCGCACGAUGCAAGCGGAGGUGAGAUGUGUGUGAUUGGCAUAGUGGGUAUGGCGGGAAUUGGCAAGACCACCCUUGCUCAGCUCAUAUACAACGAUCGGAGGGUGAGGGAGCAUUUCGACCUUGAAGCAUGGGUAUAUGUUUCACACGAGUUUGAUUUGUUCAGCAUAACGAAAACAAUUUUAGAGGCAGUAACUUCGUCAACUUGUGAUAUUAAGGAUCUGAAUCGGCUUCAAGUUACACUGAAGGAGAAGUUGAUGGGAAAAAAAUUCCUGCUUGUUUUAGACGAUGUAUGGAAUAAGAAUUAUGUUGAUUGGGAGAUCUUAAGCAAACCCUUUAAAUUUGGGGAACAAGGAAGCAGUGUGAUUGUAACAACACGUGAUAAUGAUGUUGCAUCUGUUGUACGCUCUAGGAGUCAUUGUCUGAAAAGGCUAUCAGAAGAUGAUUGUUGGGCGGUAUUUGCAAACCAUGCAUUUCACAAUGUGGCAAGUCCAGAGCUAGAGGCAGUAGGCAGACAGAUUGUGAAAAAGUGUGAGGGCCUACCUUUAGCCGCAAAAGCAAUCGGGGCCCUCUUGUGGUCGAAAUUGGAUGUUGAUGAAUGGGACAAAAUACUGAACAGUGAGAUAUGGGAUUUACCAAUUGGCGAGACACACAUUCUUCCAUCUUUAAGGUUAAGUUACAAAUAUCUACCCUCACAUCUAAAGCCAUGCUUUGCUUAUUGCUCAAUAUUGCCAAAGGGUUAUGCCUUUGAAAAAGAUCGAUUAGUCUUGCUAUGGAUGGCUGAAGGUUUCUUGCAAGAACCAAAAAACAAAACAAUGGAAGAAGUUGGCAAUGAUUACUUCUUAGAUCUUGUAUCAAGAUCAUUGUUUCAACAAUCAAGUGGUGAUAAAUCAUGUUUUGUAAUCCACGAUCUUGUCAACGACUUAGCAAAGUUUGUUUCUGGACAAUUUAUCUUUAGGCCGGAGGGUGUCAGUUUUCAUGGAAUUGUGAACACGACUCGGCACUUGUCGUAUUUUAGAACAAGAUUUGAAAACUUCGAGAAGUUUGAGGCUCUUUUUGAGGUUAAGCGGUUGCGCACCUUCUUGCCAUUAGAAUUCUCCAUAUUGGACAACAAUUUAUCUCAAAAGGUACCAAAUGUUCUAUUGCCGAAGCUAAGAUGUUUACGGGUACUCUCUUUGUCUCAUUAUGAAAAUUUGGCUAACUUGCCUAAGUCAAUUGGCAAAAUUAAACAACUACGUUAUUUGGACAUUUCUUUUACUGCAGUUAAAAGGUUACCUAAUUCAGUGUGUAAGUUGAUCAAUUUGCAAACACUCAACUUGUCAUGGUGUAACAAUCUAGUUGGAUUGCCUAGGGAUAUGCGGAAACUCAUUAAUCUACGUCAUCUUGAUAUUACUAGAACUGACAUAAUGGAGAUGCCGACACAAUUGGGUAGCUUAAGAAGUCUACAAACGUUGACAAAAUUUAUUAUCGGCAGCUGUAAUGGUUGGAUUGCCUAG